GGGUCUUUCUCUCUCUUGUCUUUCUCUCACUACACACAAACAACGAUUUCCUCUUCUUCCUUUGUACUAGCACACCACCACCUCCACCAUCAUCUUUUCCUUUUUUCUCUCCAAAGAUAAAAUCUUUUUCUUUCAUACUCCAACCCCUUUUCAUUUCUCACCUCAAAUUUGCAUCUACAAUCAAGAUUCUCACAAUUCUCACCAACAACCAACAUGGUUUCAUUUGGUGAUUCUAGUACUUAUGCUGUCUUCUCUGUGUUCACGCUUCUUCUUACUGUUACUUUUGCUGGUGAUAUAGUACAUCCUGAUAAAUAUGCUCCUAAGAAACCUGGUUGUGACAACAACUUUGUUCUGGUCAAAGUUCCAACUUGGAUUGACGGCGUAGAAAGUGGCGAGUAUGUCGGUGUUGGUGCAAGAUUUGGACCUACAUUGGAGUCAAAAGAAAAGCGGGCAAACCAUACUAGAGUUGCCAUUGCAGAUCCUCCUGAUUGUUGUAGCAAGCCUAAGAAUAAGCUUACCGGCGAGGUCAUUUUGGUGCACCGAGGACAAUGUAGUUUCACAACCAAGGCAAAUAUAGCUGAAGAAGCUGGUGCUUCAGCCAUCCUGAUUAUAAAUAACCGUGCAGGACUCUUCAAGAUGGUCUGUGAAGAUAACGAAACCGAUAUUGAUAUUGGAAUACCUGCUGUCAUGCUUCCACAAGAUGCCGGUGAAACCUUGCAAAAUUAUAUACAAAACAAGUCCACAGUGUCUGUGCAGUUAUACUCUCCAAAACGUCCACAGGUCGAUGUCGCAGAAGUAUUUUUAUGGCUUAUGGCUGUUGGUACCAUUCUCUGUGCUUCUUACUGGUCUGCCUGGACUGCCAGAGAAGGUGCUAUCGAGCGAGAGAAGCUAUUAAAGGAUGAUUCAAAUGAGUAUCUAAAUACAGAGAAUGCUGGUUCCAGUGGUUAUGUGGAAAUAAGUACAGUAGCAGCAGUUUCAUUUGUUGUGAUCGCUUCUUGUUUCUUGUUUAUGCUUUACAAACUAAUGUCGUACUGGUUUGUUGAAAUUCUGGUGGUUCUUUUUUGCAUUGGUGGGGUUGAGGGACUGCAAACUUGCUUGGUGGCUCUUUUAUCAUGUUUCAGCUGGUCUCAACAUGCUGCACAAACAUAUGUGAAAAUACCCUUCUUUGGUGCUGUAUCAUAUCUCACGCUUGCUGUUACUCCCUUCUGCAUAGUGUUUGCUGUGGUUUGGGGAGUUAAACGUCGUGUAUCGUAUGCUUGGAUUGGUCAAGAUAUUCUUGGUAUCGCUUUGAUAAUUACGGUUCUCCAGAUUGUCCACAUACCAAAUCUCAAGGUUGGAACUGUUCUACUCGGCUGUUCCUUCGUAUAUGACAUCGUCUGGGUGUUUAUGUCUAAACUUGUGUUCCAUGAGAGUGUGAUGAUAGUGGUAGCUCGUGGUGACAGAAGUGGAGAAGACGGCAUCCCCAUGCUGCUCAAGAUACCGCGUUUAUUCGAUCCUUGGGGUGGUUACAGUAUCAUCGGUUUCGGGGACAUAAUCUUACCAGGCCUUCUAGUAGCAUUUUCAUUAAGGUAUGAUUGGUUAGCAAAGAGGAACCUUCGAGCAGGAUACUUUUUGUGGGCAAUGAGUGCUUAUGGUUUAGGUUUGCUUGUCACAUACUUAGCUUUGAAUUUGAUGGAUGGGCAUGGUCAACCAGCUUUGCUGUAUAUAGUUCCAUUUACACUUGGAACCUUUUUGUCACUGGGAAAGAAGAGAGGUGAACUCGAAAUCUUAUGGACAAGAGGGCAACCAAAAAUGCCUUGCCCUCACAUUCGAGAGGAUCAUCAACCAGUGGAUCAGUGAUCUCCAACAUAGUAUUGUAGAUGUUAGUUUACUUUACAGGAGACUUAUAACAAAUCUUAGGAGAUUAUGUAACAUUUGUAGAUCUAUCAUAAGUAUAACAAAAUUUCAACCAACUGAUAUCAUACAAACAGUGUACUUAAAAUCAGCAGCUGAGACUUGAGAUACCGUUCCGAGUCUUAGAUGUUGGAGAAUCCAUGAAUCUGUUUGUACUUUGUUGUAAGAUUAGUUUUUUUUUUCUUUCUGAGAAAGUUGUUCAGAGGGCAGAGAAA